GGAUGGACGGUGCCGUUUAAGGAGCAGGGUGCCUCUCUUUCCUUUCCUGCUUCUGAGGGCCGGGAGUCAGGACCGCUGUCCUUCAACGCUCGGGCCGGCAGCAGGAGGGGCGGGACCGGUUUGGGAUUGGCUGGUGUCGUCCGACCCACUUCGGCGCUCCCCAUUCCCUCUCGCGCACAGGCGCCUGCGCAAUGGGCCGGCCGUGGGGGGCGGGAAGCGCUUCGGGGCAGCGGAGCCCAUGUCGGCCCUGAGGCGCUCGGGCUACGGCCCCAGUGACGGUCCUUCCUAUGGCCGCUACUACGGGCCGGGGGGUGGAGAUGUGCCGGUGCACUUACCUCCGCCCUUAUAUCCCCCGCUUCGCCCCGAACCUCCCCAGCCUCCCAUUUCCUGGCGGGUGCGCGGGGGCGGCCCGGCUGAGACCACCUGGCCCGGAGAAGGCGGAGGUGGCGAAGGCUACUAUCCUCCUGGAGGCGCCUGGUCGGAGCCAGGUCGAGCUGGAGGAAGCCACCAGGAGCAGCCACCAUAUCCUGGCUACAAUUCUAACUACUGGAAUUCUCCACGACCUCGGGCUCCAUACCCAAAUACAUAUCCUGUGAGAUCAGAGUUGCAAGGACAGAGUUUGAGUUCUUAUACAAAUGGAGCAUAUGGUCCAGCAUACCCUCCUGGCCCUGGGGCAAAUACUGCCUCAUACUCUGGGGCUUAUUACGCACCUGGCUAUACUCAGACCAAUUACUCCACAGAAGUUCCAAGCACUUACCGUUCACCUGGCAACAGCCCAACUCCAGUCUCUCGUUGGAUGUAUCCCCAGCAGGACUGUCAGAGUGAAGCCCCGUCUCUUAGGGGGCAGGUUCCAGGAUAUCCUGCUUCACAGAACCCUGGAAUGACUCUGCCCCAUUAUCCUUAUGGGGAUGGUAAUCGUAGUGUUCCACAAUCAGGACCAACUGUACGACCACAAGAAGAAGCAUGGGCUUCUCCUGGUGCUUAUGGGAUAGGCACCCGUUACCCCUGGCCUUCAGCUGCACCAUCAGCACCACCUGGAAAUCUCUACAUGACUGAAAGUGCUUCGCAAUGGCCUGGCAGUGGCUCUCCUCAGCCACCUCCUUCAUCACCACCCCAGCAGCCCAAGGAUUCCUCAUAUGUGUAUAGCCAGUCAGAUCAAGGCGUGAACCGGCACAGCUUUCCUUGCAGUGUCCAUCAGUACGAAUCCUCGGGGACAAUGAACAAUGACAAUUCAGAUCUCUUGGAUUCCCAAGUUCAAUAUAGUGCUGAGCCUCAGCUGUAUGGUAAUGCCACCAACGAACAUCCCAGCAGUCAAGAUCAGAGUAAUAAUCUUCCUGAAGAGUGUUUAUCUUCAGAUGAAGGUACUUCUCCAAGUAUUAAAAAAAUCAUAAAUGUGCUGGAGAAGGUCCAGUAUCUUGAGCAAGAAGUAGAAGAGUUUGUAGGAAAAAAGACAGACAAGGCAUACUGGCUCCUGGAAGAAAUGCUGACGAAGGAACUUUUGGAACUGGAUUCCAUUGAAACUGGGGGUCAGGAUUCUGUCCGGCAGGCCAGGAAAGAGGCUGUUUGUAAGAUCCAGGCCAUACUGGAAAAAUUAGAAAAAAAAGGAUUGUGAAAGGAUUUAGAAUGAAGUGGAAGCCUGUUACUAACUUGGCCAAAGAACUUGUGAGUUUGGUUAGUUAACUGUCUUUGAAAUGCCUGUUGAUGUCAAGAAGCAAUACAUUCCAACUUUUCCUUUGAUUUUAAAACUGAAAAACUGGCAAAGGAAUGGAAGAACAUUUUAGUUGUGAGCUUUUUCAGUUUUCAGACGAAUGAAUGUAAUAGGAAACUAUGAAAUUAUCAAUAUUGCCAAGUAGACUACUUCCUUAAGAAAUUUAUGGACAUGUGGAGGCUGCUUCUUACCAGCAGGAGUGACAUACACUUUUAAGUAACAGGCUAUCAGAAACCUACCAGAUAAGACUGGAUAUAUGUGAGACAAUUCUGUUUUUGUAAACAUGUGGAUUACUUGUCACAUUUUUGUACAUUGUGACUGCUUUCUGCAUACACUUCACGUGUAAAUUACAGCUUAGACUUGCCUCUGUUUUGUUUUAUUUGCAGUUUACAAAUAUAGUAUUAUUCUCUACUUCUUCGUACAUUUUGUAGUAAUAUGUUCAAUAUAAUUAUUCAAGAGACUCUAUUGACACCCAAAUAGAAUGGCAAUCCUGAAUGAAUUUAUAGCCUUUUACCACUUGAAUAUAUUGCAAUGUGUAGUGAG